AUAAACAGGAGCCAGGAGCUACUUUUAAAAUAGAGAAACUUACCAAGAUCAGGAUAUUACUUACCAAGAUCAGAUUUAGUCUUUCGUAUAUAUUGUGUAUUAUGAUAUUGUAUAUUAUGAUGACAGAAGUGAAUCAAUUUUAUUGAAUAAGUUGUUUUCAAUGUUUUCCAAUGUGAAACCGGUCUUUCCUAUUAAAUUUUUUUUUCUCUAACUUAUCUCGAGCCUAUACCCUGGAAAAUUUUAAAUGAUGUCUUUAGAAACUACCGUCAAGGAAAUAUGCGGAAAUUUGUGUUCGAAUAAAGCUACUGAGAGAAAACGAAGUGUGGAAACCUUAAAAGAUUACCUUACAAGAAAUGCAGUUCCUGAUUUGCUUUCUGAUAAUACUCGAAAAAAAGCUGGCUUUUCUUGGAAUGAUUUAUUUGAUAUUAUUACUGACUAUUUGUUAAAGGAAGCAGAGAAAUAUGAAUCAUCCAAAACAUUUCAUACUGUAACAUAUCCAUUAUGUGUAAGCAUACUUCAUUUAUGUGUUGCUGGUUCUAAUAAAGGUAGAGCAUAUAUUAAAUGUGAUAAGAUUAUGGAUGCAGCUUUGUUUGUAUUAAGAAACAAAUAUUUGACAAAUGCAAUUGGUGAUGCCUAUUUGAGCUUGUUGCAGAAAUAUGUUCUACCUUGUGAUAAUUAUGUUAGCCUUAUCACACCAAGCACUUGGGAAGACUUACUAGAUAUUAUUGUAGCCGGAUGCCUAGAUAAGGUAUCUAAAUUAGAUGAUUUCACAAAAUUAAAACUUCUUUGGCUUGUAAUAAAAAAUGCGAAGGAAUGUUGUCAGUUUGCAUGUUCAUUAAGAAAUAAUUUAUCUGACAUUACUAAAUAUUUCCAUAAAAUAAAUAAAAAUAAGAAGAUGUUAGAAGUUGUUUCUGAUAUUAUUACGUUAAUAUUAGAUGUGCUGUAUUUAGAAAACCGAUUAAGUGUGUGUGAGUUUAUUGAAAAGAAUCUACCUCUCAUAUUUGAAUUCUAUGAACAAAAUAUGGAUGUUAAAAAGAAGUCGCAAGUGUUUAACUUAUUACAUACGUCAAUAGCAAUUCAUCAUCCAUUAGGACGGAUAAAGAAUGAGGAAUCAGCUCAAGCACAUAACUGGGAAGAAUGGAAUAUAUGCCUUCAAAGUAUCAUGGAUUUGAUAACACUUGAAAUAAGUUAUAUACAAAAGAGCCAUAGACACAGUAAUACUUUACUAACAUGUGCAAAUUUUAAUCAAGUUUCGGCCAUUAUGUUUUUCUUGACUUUCAAAAUGUCGACACAUAAUAUUGAUGUGAAUUGCGAUGGUGAAAGAGCGGCAAAGAGACCUAGAACAACUGUCAGUAUAAAUCAAACAUUUAAGGAUUUAAUAGGAGAGUUCAAGCAAAAUCAUAUACCCUGGAUAGGUAUAACAGAAGUGUAUGUGAAACAUUUCGGAUGUUCAUUAUCAAUAAUUGAUUAUGAAAUAUUGCUUAAAACUUUAGAAGAAUUUGUUAGCACUAACAAAAUCAAUGAAAUUUGGUGUAUAUUUGAAUCUUUAACUUGUCAAGUUUUGAAAAAUUUAAAAGCAUUAAAAGAUGGUGCUUUUAUAGAACAUGUGAAUUCAUUGUGGAUGACUUGUGUAAGAAAUUCGACAAGUGGUAUUUCAUCUCAUAUAGCAGCAAUUCAUGGUGUACUCCAAACAAUUUUAUCAUUGAAUAUCUUGGAUUAUAUGAGCAUUAAGCCAUUAUUACUAAUGUACUAUGAAAAAGGAAUGCCUAUCAGUGACAGCAGUGUUCAAACUUUGAAUAUAUUAUUUAGAAAGUUUUACAGCAAGUGUUGUUACAACUAUGGUCGUACGAAAUGCUUUAAAUGGUUUAUAAAUGGCCGAGUAACACAACUAUAUGUGGUAACACUGAGAGAUUUAUUUUUAACUUUAUUGCUAAAUGACAACAUUAGUAAUAAUGUUAAAAGUAUUGGUUGUGUAGAAAAUGAAACUUUACAUCAUAUUUUAUUUAAUACAGUCGAUAAAAGUAUUUUAUAUGCAGACUUUGAAUUAGAAAUAUCAAAACCAGAAUUAAAAAAUGAAUGUAUUCGUCAAGCUUUAGAAAUAAAUGACGAAAUGAAUUAUCAAGUAAUAGAAUAUUUGCAAGAAAAACUUAUGGAAUGUAAUGAGAAGAUUGAGAGCAAAGACUUUGAUCUUUUAGAAUGUUUAAAAAUUUUAAAAGUAACAUUAACAUAUUUAGAUAUUGCAUUAAAAUACAAUUACAAUAAAGUGUUAAAUGAACAAAUAUAUGAUAAUUUUAAAAGCAUUCUCAAAACUGCAUAUACUGUGUCAUCAAAAACAUUGAAAAGCGGAAUACAAAUAAGUGAAAAGAAUGCUCUACUUAAAACAUUACAACCGAUACUACUUGAGGAAUAUGAUACAGUAUUGAAUAAUGAUGUAAGAACGUGUAUUGAUAAUGAUUUCUUUCAUUGCAUUAAUGAAAUUUUAAACAGCGAUGUUCCUUCAGACGAUGAUGACAGUGACACCGACAUGAGUUACAAUGUCUUAAAGCAUAAUUGUAUAUUUUUCUUAGCAGCGUAUUGUAAAAAGAAUCUUAAUUAUAGAGACGAACUCCUCGAAUUGAUUCUAAAUCCAAAGUUAUAUAAUUUCUCUUCUUCAUUGGAUGUAGAUUUUGCUUUAAAAUGUAUAAGGUUUUUGAAUCAAUCAGAUAUUGAAGAUGCUCCUAUAGAAUUAACAUUUGUAUUAAUGCAAUCGAUGUGCAAAGAUUUGUUUCGUAAUUCAAAUGCGACUGCAGCCAUUCUAAAAACUUUAUUACAAAUAAUGAAUAGAGUUUGGCAACACGGCGAUAACAUGCGUCGAAAUUGUUUAAUAAUGGUUAAAAGUUAUUUACAUAGAUGUGAAAAUAUGUACUACCCACCUGAAGUAGCCGCUCUAGUAUAUGAAUGUACGACUAAAAUUAUUAUAUUAAACUACAAAGAUACCAACCCUAUUGAACUAACGUUUAAAGAUGUUUUAAUUGACAAAAUAAAGGGGAAUAUACACUCUAUAAGGUUGUAUUGUGGGUACUUGAUAAAUGAAAUGACAGAAGCCUUUACAGAUGAAGAUGAAUUAUCCUGUUUAUUAAAUUUAAAGGAUUUAUUUACUGUUGUGCUAUCAAAUGAAAAGGAAACAAUUCUAAAAGACGAACUUAAUAACAGAACUGCAACCGUAUUGCAUACAUAUUAUGUUUUGGCGCUUAAUAAACCUUCGAGGAUACAUCGAAUAGUGCAAGAAAUUGUAUUCCUACAACGGGAAAAAUCUCUGGAUAAGCAAACUGUGAAAAAAGUCUUGAAUAUUAUUUUGAAUAAAGUAAUGCAAAAUACUAUUGAUAAUUAUCUAGAUCAGAAUAUACUAUGUUUAUUGCAAUGUUGGCUCGAAAAGAAGUUACCUUUAGACAAUUUUCCUUUGUACUUAUUCAAUUACGACAGUGAUGAUUUAUUUUACAAAAAAUAUAUGAAUUGGUUAGUAUCCGCCGAUAUACUGUGGCGUCAUCAGGGUAACUUGCAGAAAAGCGAUAUGAUGAGAAAAUUUAAACAGAUACAAUCAGAGGAAACCAUUUUGGAGGAAAGCUUUUGCAGUAUCAUUAUAUUGAGUUUGCCGUACAUCGUGAAUGAAAAAUACAGUUUGAGUGUUAACAAAUUUAGUUGCAAAGAAUCAACGAGUGCAGCUUGCAGGAUGUUUCAGCAAAUGAGACAGAUGCUGCAAAGUGAGACGUGGUCCAAACUGUUCGUUGAGAACAUGGACCAACUUGUGUUGCUGACAGCUCUACAUUUGAAAGAUUACGCUGAUGCUAAACAAACUUUUGACUUUGAGGUACCAAAAAGUGUUGAAUCAUUCACUUAUCCAAAGGAAAUAUUCUGUGGAAUUCUGAAGUAUUUUGGAGAGCUUAUUGAUGAUAACAUUUUGGAAUGUUUCUGUAAAGAUCAGCCACUCGCUAUGUUAAAAAUUUUAUUCACGCUAUGGGAGUUAGUUCUAUCCGAAAAGAUCUUUGCUUUCAAGGUCAUGUCGUUACAUACCUUCAUAGUUUAUAUCGAGAAUAUACCUUUAGGUUUUCCAUCAGAUGUAAUUAUAUUUAAUUUUUCGUGCAUCAAUAUGUCCAAGGCUAUUAAGGAGACAAAGAGCCAAAAAGAAUUAGAUGCUUUCUCUAAAGCUCUUUUUAGGAUUUUAAAGCGUGUUUGUGCAAAUAAAAAUAAGGUUCUUCAAAAGGAGACAGUUGCACAAUUAUUAUCGAUACUGUCACUUAAAAAACACGAAACUCCUGAAUGUAAUGGAGUUUACAAAUAUGUGAUAAUGAAUUUUAAAAAUUUCGACGAUGACAUGCAAGCUUUGUAUAUCGUGUUAACAGAAAUUGGUACUGAAACAUGUCUCACAGAAACAAACUUCUUGGAAAAAUUGCAGAAAUAUGAACGUAAUUUAUCAUAUGCAAGCACUGCAACACUAUCCAGUAUGAGAAAGUUUCUUAGUGCGCACAAGAAAUUUUUAAGCGCCGCAUUGAACAAAUUUGAUAAUAAAGGAUUUUCUGAAGAUUGUGAAGACAGUGUGAUACAUAAUAUCAUAGUAGCAUUAUGUAAAAUUUUACGGACGACGUUAGACGAAAAGAUGAUUGUGGAAGCGAGUAAUUGUCUUGCGGAAGUCGGGACAUACGAUUUAAAAACAUUAGUAACAGUACCGCCAAAGGAUACGACACAGCUCGUCAAUAUGAAGCCAACACAAUACUUCGCGAUAACAGUGGUUAAAGCACUGUUAGAAAUAAUAUUUAACGAAAACCCGACUGUGAGUGAGAAAGUGUCCAAAGCAUUAUUACAUCUGAUGAAAUUUAAAGAUGGCCAAUUAAUUAAUAUAGAAUGGGGUGUUCCCCAGAGUCAAAUAUUAAAAUGUCUUAUGCCAUCAACAUGCGAAUCCUUCGCUCAGUUUAAAGUUCGAAGUGUAUCUACAGAUUGGACCCCUGCUACCGAUGAAGAUCAUUUUCAAUGGAUAACUCGGGUCACAGUAGAUCUGUUACAGACGUUAGAAUCACCACUAAAUUAUCUUAGUUCUCUACGAACUUUAUGCAGGCUAAAGCCCACUAUAUGUCCAAAAAUCCUACCUUCACUGGUAGGAUUAUUACUGGAGCACUCAUCGGAAAAUUUAAAGCAAAUCAUCGGGCAACAAAUAAAUACGGUCUUCAAUUACAUUUGGUGCAGAAGUUUCAAUGAUAGCACCACGGCCAGCGAGGAUAGCACCGUCUCCAAGCUAUCGAACAUUCUAGACCACGACCAGAAGAUGAUAGUGCACUACUUAUUGGACGUGGUCAACGCUAUACGCCUGCAGACGAAUCAUCUUAAAAUACGGAAGUGUCGAGACGCGGAUACGUUAAGGUAUUUGAAACUGGAAUACGACAAGUUGUCGUGGGCGGCGACAGUUGCGGACAAGAACAUAGCGGCCAUCUAUUACGCGGAGCUGUGGGCGGCCGCGCACAAUGACGACGUGCCUCCCGCCUCGCCCGACCUCACCGCCUGUCUGCCCGGCGGGGAACAUGUGCAGAGGAUACUCAGGAAUUGCUUUGUUUCAAUUGGAGAACUAGACGCAAUAGACGGUUGCGGCACCGCCCACUUGACAAGUGAGGAUGAGAGACGCAAACACUUGUUGCACACGGGCCAGUACGCGGAUGCCUUGCUCUUGCACGACAUCGUCCUCUCCCACGGCAAUCAGUCUGACAACCGUUUGCAGCACGGCGUCGUCAUGUCCCUACAUAAGUCUGGCAUGCAUCAUUUAGCUCUACAGUAUAUUAAAUCUUUCCCCGAAAACGAAGAGUUGAACGACGUUAAAUUCGAUUGUUUAGCUUACCUUGGCGAUUGGAGUGAAAUAGUCGAUACUAAAGAACUAGAAGAAAAGACAAAUCAACCUCUAUGGAAUCCCGAUGUUGUUAUAAAAUCGCUAAAAUAUGCAUGUCUAAAGGAAAGUUUGAACGCGGACCCUAAUCAAAACUUCGAAGCUAGGUUAGAACAGGCACUAAAUAGAGCGAAAUUGGCCACUUCGAAAUUGUGCCGCAUUCUCAAUAUGGAGAACUGUCAAAGCGUUUACAAAGUGGUCGCAAAUUUACAUUUACUGUGUGAUAUACAAGACUAUUGUUCACUGAGGUGCGGUCACACAGACCUCACGGACCUGCUGGAUCGUUGGCAAGUUGAUAAACUACCGUCAUUUAAAGAUUUCCGCCAUCUCGAAACUCUUCUGUCACAACGGAGUCUUAUACUAGAACAUGCUGCUAAACAUUAUGAACGUUUCUCUAAUAAUAUUAUGGAUUUGCAGUUGCAGUAUGUCGAAAUGGGUCUCUCUAAUCAAAGAGUACAAAUGGCGCAACGACUUUUAGAUACCGUAAAGAAAAUGAAAGCAUCAGAAAAAGUUAGUUUACUGGAAAGUCAAGUGGCGUGGGCGAAAGGCCACAAAGACAUCGCUCUCGCAUCACUGCACGGAGUUGUAACUGACCAAUCUAAUGACGUCAAAUUAGCUGCUAUGUGUCUUAGACAAUACGGACUCUGGAUGGCAGAAUCUAAGCGAGAAAAUGCUAGAGAUAUAAUAACUAAAUAUUUAGAAAAAAGUCUCGAAUUGUUAAAUGAAGACGACAAUGCAGAGACCAGGUUCAAAGUGUACCAUGAUAUUGCAAGAUUUGCUGACUCGGAAUAUAAACAGAUUGUCUCGUAUAUGAAUUCAGCUAUUUUUGAGAAUAAAGUAAAAUGUAUUGACAGUAUGAAAGGGACCGCCGCCUCUCUUAAAGGUUCACAGACGUCUUUAACAAAAGAUGAAAGAAAAGCUUUGUUUACAAACGAUCGUUUCAUGCAGUUAGACGAAGCUGAGGUCUCCAAUACGAGAGCAGAAAAGAAAAGUUUCCUCAAUUUAGCUCUAAGAUACUACAUGUUGUCAUUGAAGCACUGCGAAGACAACAACUUAUCAAUAUUCCGAGUGAUAUCAUUGUGGUUUGACAAUCCUGACUUUGAGUUUAGUGAUUCAUCUGCGUCCAGCUUCCGUGACCUGCUGAAUGCUAUACCAUCGUGGAAGUUCAUCACCGUACUGCCUCAGUUAGCUCCGCGCCUCACUACAGAUAGAAGUAGCUUCGCUAAAUAUCUCAAAGAAGUUUUAGCCAGAUGUGCUAUAGAACAUCCUCACCACACACUGGCCAUACUGUUCAACUUGAAGAACUCUGACAAAGACAAUGUGAUACUGAACGCCAGCAAGGGCGCGCAGCCGACACGCCCGCCGGGGGCGGAGCCCCGCGUCCUCGCCGCGGACGCGCUCGUGCGGGAACUCUCGCAGAGACCUCACUUAGCCACGAUCAUAUCACAAAUGGAACUACUCUGUGACGCUUUCAUCAGCUUCGCGUAUUUAACGCCGAAAAUGAGCAACGGCAAGCCGCAGAGACAGGCGAUACCCGCCGCGGAGCCGCUCGCCAAGCUGCGCCACCUGGACGCCCUGCCCAUACCCACACUCACUAUACCCAUAUGUCACAACGGAGACUACUCUACUUUACCCAAUAUAACGACGUUUGAUAACCAUUUCGAGUUAGUUGGUGGUAUAAAUUAUCCGAAGAAAAUUUCAUGUCGCAGUUCAGAUGGGAAAUGCAGAAUUUUAUUAAUAAAGGGCGAAGAUGAUUUAAGACAGGACGCGGUAAUGCAACAAGUAUUCAAUAUUGUUAACACGCUGCUCGAAAAUAAUCCGAUCACUAAGAAGAAUAAACUUUUAAUACGCACAUACAAGGUGGUGCCUAUGUCGCGGCGGUCGGGUGUGCUCGGCUGGUGCGAGGGCACCACGCCGCUGGGAACUUAUUUGCGGGACGCGCACAUUCGAUAUAGACCCAAAGACAUAACUCCCGAAGCCGCUCGAGCUAAGAUGAAGACGUGUCAGGACAGUCGCAAGUCAAAUCAGGACAAACUGCGAGUGUUUAUGGAAAUCCUCGCCAACUUCAAGCCGGUCUUCCACAACUUCUUCACUGAGCACUACCACGACCCCAUCACAUGGUACGAACGUAGACUGGCCUACACUAGAAGUGUUGCCACAUCGUCAAUGGUUGGAUAUAUUCUAGGUUUAGGCGACAGACAUGUUCAUAAUAUUUUGAUAGACGAGACGACCGGCGAGGUGGUUCACAUUGAUUUCGGUAUUGCGUUCGAUCAAGGAAAAGCUUUGCCCACUCCAGAAACUAUACCUUUCCGAUUAACACAGGACAUUAUCUCAGGUUUUGGAUGCUGCGGAAUUGAAGGAAUAUUCAGAAGGUGCUGCGAGAAAACGUUGCAGCUGUUGCGCGACAACCAGGAGACGUUACUGACCAUUCUACAAGUUCUUCUGUGCGACCCGCUUUACUCGUGGACUGUCAAGGGUGCCUUGAAGAAGACUACAGCACGCUCAGUGGUAGGGGAGAAGGAGAAGGAGAGGGAGAGCGGUGCGGGGUCCGGGCUGGCGGAGCGCGCGCUGCUGUCGGUGUGCGGCAAGCUGAGCGGCGCGGAGGGCGGGGCGGGGGGCGGCGUGGCGGUGGCCGGCCAGGUGGCGCGUCUGCUGCACGCCGCCACAGACCCCGCCAACCUCUCCAGGCUCUUCCCCGGCUGGCAACCCUAUCUCUAAAUACUGCUACGUCUAGCUAGUCCAUGUCGGAGCCUGUCCACGGAACAAGUCAGGCUACAGUACUAAAAGUUGGUAACCCUAAGGGAACAAAGAUCAGCAGACAUUGAUCCCACCGAAUUGUUAUGCUCUUCUACAGUUUAUAAUGCUAUUUGUUUUACAAUGAAUAAACUAGUACAAUUGCUAUUGAGCUCAAAAUAGGUGAGAAAAGCUGACAGCCCUAAUAAACAUUGUUUGUGUCAUCCCUGAUCUCAAGGAUAUUGUGGCAGACGGAAGAAAUGUGAACUAACAAUGUUAUCUUGAUAGCUUCAUAUUUUGACCGAUAAGGGAGCACAUAGCAACUGCACGAUAUAAUGUUGCCAUUUUCAUAAUUUUGAAAUUCCAUAAAAAUAUUACGCGUGAUAACAUGUAGGUUAAUUUGUAUGUGUUUGUAUGUGUCAAUUUAAAUAAUAAGGAAUUACUAGAUUCUGCUACUAUUUAAUAGUAGCCAUUUUCUAUGCCCAUGUAUGUUUUACAUAUUUUCCAACAUAAAUAACCGUGAUAACAGCGCCUCUCAUCGGGACAGAAAUCCUUGUUUGUCUAUACCUACAGCUCAGUCAAGUAUUCCACAAAAAAAAAUAACUAACUUAUUUUUGUAUUUCAUAUAAAAUUGGCACCAGUGAUCACUUUAACAGAUUAAAUUAUAGUUUUCUGUGAAAACAAACAUUGUGAUACUAAACGAAUUUUCCGUCAAUAUGUAUGUAUAUUAAGUC